AUGGAUUUUGCUCCCGAGCUGCCGACUCCGCAGGGCCAGUCAGUCAAACGCCGUCGUGUGGCUCUAGCCUGCGAUGCAUGCAGAACUAGAAAAUCAAGGUGCGAUGGCCGCCGCCCCAAAUGUGGAAUGUGCGAAGACCUAGGCUUCGAGUGUGCCUAUACGCCGUCGACAAGUACCACAAAUAUAAUCGUGCAAAAAGAUUAUCUGAGAGACCUUGAAGAGCGCGUUAAAUCGCUAGAAACCAGCAUGGCCACCGUCAAGUCUGAUCUCUCUGGCUUUGCGUCGCAAAUUAAUGGAAGCAUGCCUGAUGCCCCUAGGAAGGAGAAUCCCUUGAGUGACCAGGGUGAACGAUUUUCCGACUUUGCUGGCACCGAAGACACAAUCGAUGCCAUGGGCGCUGUUGCAUUUGCCGACGAGGAAGAUUGUGGGUUUUUUGGUCCCUCAUCGAACAUUGCCUUCCUCCGCCAUCUCUCCUGUGCAGUGGCACAUAGCGCAAGCGCGCAGAAGGAAAUCACCUCUCCUCCGUUGGAUCGCGUCGCUUACGACGGGGGCUUUGUCAGUGCUACACGACCUUCAUCCCCUUCUCAUGAUCAGCGGCCCGAUAGUAUCGAUGACGAGAAGUUUGAUAAAUUCGCGCUGCCGCCUCCCGAGGAGUCAUUAGCGCUCAUCCAUCGUUAUUUUGCCGAUACUGGGCUUCUCUUCCCUUAUAUCCAUCCGCCUACAUUCUUCGAAACCUACGCUGAACUCAAGGACAAUUCAAAGCGGGUCCGACGCACAUGGCUUGGCUUGCUGAACAUAAUACUUGCCAUGGCGAAGCUAACAGCUGUUUCGGGGACGACAUCUGCAGAGACGGGAAUUAGCGAGUCAGCUAUUUAUUAUCACCGGGCGCUGAGCCUCUGCAAGGGAGAGAUUUUACGCGGCACGACACUAGAAGUUGUGCAGUAUCUCCUGGUCAUGGGCCAGUAUCUUCAAGGGACGCAGAAGUCUGUUCAGGCGUGGACAAUCCAUGGGUUAGCCGUGAAGGCUGCACUUCAACUCGGGCUUCAUUCAAAGGGCGCCUCGAGGGCUUUCACCCCGCUGGAACAAGAGGUCAGAAAGCGAACGUGGUUUGGAUGUGUCGUUUUGGAUCGGUCCUUGAGCAUGACUUUUGGACGCCCGGCGGCAAUUCCGGACUGCUAUGUGAAACUCGACCUACCUGCAUUCCAAGGACGCAGCGAGGUCCUUUCGAUAGGCAACGAAACCGAUGCCCAUAACAGCAUUAGGUUCUUCAACGCCACAGUCACACUGUACAAACAAAUCGCUAACAUUAUUGAUCGUAUAUAUGGGCAAAAUCUCGGAUGCGAUUCUCCCUUAUCCAUAGGUGAAACAGUCGGCCGUGUCCUCGGCAUAGAAAACCAACUCUUCUCCUGGGUAUUAGGACUCCCGGAGAGUCUCCGCCAAGUGACGGUCCAAAGCAUGCGAGAGGAGAUCGAGCGCUCAGAAGUAGGAGACGAGGGCCAUCACAAGCUCUAUCCGCUGAAGUUUCGUAUCAUUCUAACACUGCGAUAUUUCCACGUCCAAAUUCUACUACAUAGGCCUAUCCUCGUCAAGUUCCUAGACGCAACAGGGCCUUCCGGACUCGAAGCAGGCGAGGUCAAGCUCCUGAAUGACAUCGGCUACAGUAGCAUGAAUAAAUGUAUCGACUCGGCAAUGGGCAUCAUCGACAUCAUCCAUGAACUCGUUUCGACUACCGGUUGGCAGAAAGACCUUCUUGGCGCUUGGUGGUACUCGUUAUACUAUACAUUCAAUGCCGCCUUGGUUAUCAUUGGAGCCAUGUGGGUCCAACGAAACAGGGACACGUCUGAGGACCCAGUCAACAAUGGAGGGGACAACAACAUGGAUAUCUACCUAAGCCGCGCUGUUUCAACAUUGCAGAACCUGAACGUUGGAAACCGCAUGGUGGACCGCUGCAAAUACUAUCUGGACCAGCUAAUCACUUUGCUGGGUCUACAAGCGGACAGAAUCGCGGAGAUCGGGAUCAUCUCGGGCAUGAACAAUCCGGUGGCAGGAAAUUCAACCACCGGCUUCGAUUUUCCCUCUCUUGGUAUCGAAUGCGGGGAGUUUAUGAUAGAUGACUUCUUUCCAGGCUUUGCCCGGGGAUCGGGGUUUGGACGGUGGUAGGGAGGGGGCGCCCCGGGUUGGGGGGUUGGGUUUCAAACCAGUUUUUCUCUGCUCCCAGCUCCUCUUAUGAUAAGGCGCAUGCGAAAAAGUUACAUGUGAAAAUAGCUAAGACCUGAGGAUGAAUCGAUAUCGGGGAAGGUCCCGGCGAGGUUUUAGACUCGCCUAA